AUGGAUCAGUCCUGGCCGUCCGAUGCCAACUUCCGCACGGGCACAUCUUCAGAAAUUCUGUUAGAGAGGCGUCCUGCAUACUCUAUCAACGUUCGGGAGUCCGCAUUUCGCCAAGCUUUUUCGAAACUCGAUAAUCGGAAGCAGGAAGAAUUGACUUCGGUCUAUGCCUUUGACUAUAUGAAGGAUAGAGCUAGGCCAGAAGCAGAUAGAUGGGAUCUAGAGCUGGAGGAUUUGUUCGAUGAGCUCAGCCGUGCAGAUCAGAAACAUCGCAGCGAAAGCUGGUUUCGGAGAGGACUUGGAAAGAUGAGACCUUUCCUCGAUGGCCUUUCCAUCGGUGUAGAUGCAAUGAGUUCAGUAACUGGACUUGAUCCUAUUGCGUCAGCCGCUUUCGGGAUUGUCAAAUCCGUGACCUCGCUUUCUCUUGGUUUGUGCGGCGCUUCUGAAGACAUUGAGGGGCGAAUCAGACUAUUCAUCGAGUGCAUCCCAGCCAUCAACAGGUGCAACGAUAUCCUUGAGACGCACCCUUCAUUUCACACAAUCCACAAAGCACUCGUCCGGGUCUACAACGACAUCAUUGACUUCUACUUUACCGCGUUAGGAAUACUCAGAAGUUCAAAUGUUGUUUGGGCUCUGGGUCAGAGUGAAUUCAAGCAAUGUUUUCCUGAAGUUAUCUCAUCGUUUGCCAUUCACACAGACCAGCUCUCUCUGGCCAUUGGGAUUGAAACCAUUGGUAAAGUUAUUGAGAUAGACAGAUAUGUACAAAAAAUAAGCGAGCAGCAAAUCAAGGAAUACAUCGAGGAACAUCUGGACAAUGGUCGGGAGAAAGAGAUUAAUAUCAUUCUUGAUAAACGGGCCGAAGGUAGCUGUCGAUGGCUCCAAUAUCACCCCGAUUUCUGUCGUUGGCAAAGGCUGACACCUCCUUCCGUCAACUGUUUUAUGAUGUUUGGAGGAAUGGGCUGUGGGAAAACAAUGAUUGCAAGUUUCAUCACCGACCAUUUGCGAGAGAAAUUUGAAUCUGCCGACUCUAAUGAGGCCAUUGUCUGCCACUACUACUGCAAGGAAGAUGGCGAAAGAAACGAUCCGUCAAACAUUUACCGCAGCCUGAUAUCCCAACUUCUUGACUUCAGACCAGAUCUGAAAGGCAGAUUCAUGACUUGGUUUGACAAGACCAAACCCAAAACAACUCCCAAAAAACCUACGCAGAGCCCGGAAAGACUGCGCGAUUUUUUGGUAGACCUGAUUCGCGCAUCCGGACAAUGGGUAUUUAUCGUCGUGGACGCUCUUGAUGAAUGCCAGAGAUAUUUCCAGCAGGAUCUUCCUCGACUGUGCCACGAACUCUCCGGCGCCGCGUUUAAAGUAUUUAUUUCGUCUCGUCCGGAUAAAAAUUUGAAAAACUCCAUGCCACCGUCAACCUCGUACUUAGAUUUCAAACCUACAUAUGAGCAGGAUCGUUUGAUUACUGCUUACUUGACUUCGGAAUACCUUUCCGAUAUGGUCCAAACAGCAGAAGAAACCGUGGUUGACAAGAUCGCUCGGAACGCUAAAGGAUGCGCUAUCUGGAUCAAGUUGGUUCUUGAAUAUCUCCGAGAAGAAUCUUUCCAUGACGGAGAGACUCUGCUGACGGCCAUAGACAAGAUCCCGCCUAGUGUAGCUGGACUUUAUGCGCAGCUGUUCAAUCAGGCCGUGAAAAGAGCAGGAUCCGGGCCGCGGGCUGGACAGGUUCUUGAGAAGACCCUGGAAGUGUUGGCAGUGGCACACCGACCACUUCAGUUGCGAGAGCUCUCCUGCGCCGCAGCCAGCGCAGUUGUGGAGGACCGAGCAUGUCUUUCUCAGAUUGAGCAUUCCUUCGGUUAUCGCAGGAAACUUCUGGAACUUGCUCGACCUUUCGUUAUCGCAGAGGGAUCGGCGGAUUCCUCCAUCGUGAGACUAAUUCAUCAUUCGCUCAAGGAAAGCAUUCUGGAAGACGCUCCAGGAAAUUGGUGGUCGACGCAUCAGCGGGCAAAUACCCUCGAUAGUUCACCUAACCUUCAACGAAUGCAUGGAAGUGUGGCUCGCGCAUGUAUCACAUACCUUACAUGUACUGAUUUCGGACAAGACAUGUUUGAUCCGGCAUACAAACUUGAAGACUCGGCCUCAUCACCUAUGGCUGCCACUGAAGAUAGCCAGGACGGUGAUGCGGACUUUCUGCCACUCUGGUUCGCCAUGGUGACUAGAAACAAAAAUGACUACUGGGACAAGCGAGCGGCCAUUCAAAAAAUCCAUCCAUUUUUUGACUAUGCCGCAUUGUAUUGGGGUGGCCAUCUCUCUGAGACCGCCGAUCAGGAUGCACUUGAGCUACACGACCCUGCCGCCAUCAUUUGUCACCCUGGCUCUAAUUACCUGAAGAAUUGGCUGGGCUAUUCCCAGGAGUUGACUUGCACAGAACUGGGGAUUACGGUCUGGGAACAAUUACCGGAAGUUGAUCAACUAGUCAUCGCCUCGUAUUUUGGCCACCGACUUAGUGUCCGCAGGCUUCUUGAUUGCUCCGACGCCGAUUUAGAAGGCUUAUCUAUCCACACAGCACUAUUUUGGGCUGCAUAUAGAGGGCACGACAGCUGUCUCGAGCUCAUCCUUGAAAAGAAAAAUCAUAUUAGCCGGUCAAUCUACCAUGCCAGUGACUCUUCAGCUCUGGCCACCGCUGCAAUAAGUGGAUCCAUAGGCUGCUUGAAGAUGCUGAUCAAGAGCGAUCUUUUUGAUAUCAACCUUCCGGACCAGUCUGGCUGGUCUCCACUGUUCUAUGCGAUAGCCUCGGAUCAUGCUGAAAUAGUCGACCUCCUGUUAGGGUCACCAAACGUUCAUCUACGGGUUCAGUCAGUUCGAGAAGCCGGGGCCAAUGCCCUAACUAUAGCCGCCUCAGGGGCACACUUCAACAUUCUUGGAAAGCUCCUUGACUAUCCAUUGGUCGGUCCCGAUGAUGUCAAUGCAGCCGACAAUCUCGGGAUGACGCCUCUCAUACACACAAUACGUCAUGGAAACUUGGGCAUGGUGCGAUGCCUUCUCCGUCACGAUGCUUCCGUGACGCUAGUGGACAAGAAGAAACGCAGCCCUAUCUACUGGGCUGCCCAAAAGGAGGAUGCUGCGAUCCUUCGAGAACUUCUAGCUCUUGACCCAGCUGGCGCUAACGCCACUGACGACGAUCAAUAUACUGUAUUGCAUGCUGCCCUGGAGUCUCCUAGUUCCCAGACAUUUGCGGAGCUACUCGCUACGCAAGGCAUCGAUGUUAAUCAACAAGACAGUCUAGGAAGCAGCGUCCUUUGGUGCGCAGCCAAACGCGGCCGAAUUGACGUUGUGCAGCUACUUUGCAAGCACGCGGAUCAUCUACACCUGGAUUUGGAGCGCUGCGAUGCGUGGGGCGUAUCACCAUUAAACGGAGCUUGCAGUACCACCUGUCGGACCGCACCCUCUAUUCUGAAAACACUCAUCGCGCAUGGUGCGAAUCUAGGUUCUACGGACCUCAGAGGGUGUGGGCUACUGGCGUCUGCAGCCGUCAGUGGAUCAUUGGAGAAUAUGAAAGUGCUACUGGAUGUGCCAGAUAUUGAGAUAGAUGUACGAAAUCGAGCCGGGCAGACGGCCCUCUCUUUAGCAGCGGCAAGUCUGGAUCCCGGAACUUUAGAUGCAAUGGUGCUUUUGUUGGGAACGGGAGUGGUGGAUAUAGAUUCGACCGACGAGGCCGGGCGCACACCAUUGUCGUAUGCAGCGGGGAGCGGGCAGCUUGAGAAGGUUAAGCUGCUUGUGAACUCCCCAGGUGUGAGAAUCGAUUUAUUUGAUACGAGUGGGGCAACUCCAUUGGACCACGCCGAGCGUUACCGCUGGAAGGAUGAUAGGUCGAAGGAACAGGUACUGGCGCUUCUCAAUCCCGAGGAGCAUCUAUAG